CAUGUCCCACUCAACGCUCUCCUCUGUGGUCUCGAACCUCGUUAGGGCACAGAUGGGCUCUUCUGUGACUCCCACCGUGCAGGACGACGAUCUAGACCGGCACGUCGCCGAACUCAUCCUCAAAGAGGCGAAGCAGAAGGCUGCACGAUAUCAGCAAGACGGGAUUCGUGCAUACUUGUCCCGCAAUAUCGACAGUAACGCGCCGAAGACAAACAAGCGGUUCCUUUCAUCCAUCAUUCGGAAUACGGAUGACCACAACAAGAGCAUUCUACGCGCUCAGGCGCUCGCUGCCCAGGAGGUCCGGCUAGAAAGGGAAGAGCAGGAACGCCGAGAACGGAGGGCUCGCGCUGAGGAGGCAGCGGAGGCCGAACGGCUCAGGCGAAGGAAAGGCGAGGGCAGGUCGAGCAGGUCGGACGAUUGGGACCGAGAUCGGCGGAGCGACCGAAAACGCAGGGAACGAAGUUGGGAGCGAGACGACCGCGACGAUGACCGAGAGCGGAGGUCUGAGAAGCGCGAGCGGCGGCAUGCCCCUCGCUCGCGCUCGCGGUCGGAAGAGCGGGAGAGUAAGGGCCGCCAUCGCUCUCGGCAGGAGCGCAGCUCGCACCGACACUCACGACGCCGUGGCGCUGAAGAUGACCACGAGCACAGAAGACACCGCCGCGAUCGGAAGCGCAGUCGCUCUCCAGAUCGCAGUGAGGACGAGGGCGACGGCCGACCCGAGAGGAAGAGACGGGAACGCAGCGGAGAACGCUCGCAUCGCCGCCGGCAUCCUAGUCGCACACCAUCGACAUCGCGACGCUCGUCAUCUCGCGACUCUGAGGCCUCGCGCCGUCCCGCGAAGCAGAGAACAACCUCUCCCGCACCAUUACUUUCUCGUGCAGACGAAGACGAGCCUUCUGAGAAGCCUAGCAGCGCGAAGGCGGAUGCGGAUGACACGCUCUCACGCGAAGACCAGCUUCGCGCACAACUGAAGCGCAAGGGCAAGGCCAGGGCAAGCCGGUCGCCCUCACCACCCCCACGACGCGGUGGUUCUCCCUCAUUGGAACGCAGCCCAAGCCGUACGCCACCGUGCCGGCACGAGUCUUCUCGCUCUCACCGCAGGCGGCGCCACGCCUCACCAUCCCCCGCACCGUCUUCGUCCCGGCGCACCCGCAGCCGAUCACCAUCCACGACCCGCAACCGCACCCACAAGUCUUCUCGACGCACCAGGCCCUCCCAUCCUGGCUCGACCUCCUCACACACCCUGCGGUCCUCCCGCACGUCCUCGCGGUCCCGCUCCCCGUCCCCCGGCCCUCCGUCUCCCGGCCCCGCACUCCCGUCGAAGAUGGACAAGUACUUCGAGGAGUCCUAUGACCCGCGCCUGGACGUCGCGCCGCUCGCGGCGCCCUCGAUACCGGCCACGGGGCUCAUUAGCGACGAGGACUUCGCGGGGUGGGACGCGAUGCUGGAGCUCAUCCGGAUCCGGCGGCAGGACAAGGAGGACAAGAAGGCGCUGGAGCGCUGGGGCGGGGGUAAGGAGAAGGAUAAGGGCAAGGGACGGGAGAAGGGAAUGGAGAAACGUGCGGAUGGGGAGGUGAGCGUGUUGGAUAUUGAGUACAAGAAGCGCGGAGCGGUGAGGGAGUGGGAUUUGGGCAAGGAGGGGUUCUGACGAUGCGUAUUUUCGUCUGGGACAUCGAUAUCUAUUCGCCAGAGUUUAAAUGGCUUGUAUAAGUAUGUAUAGUGGUUUGUAUACGUACACAGGGUCCCGUUUUGCACACCUGGAACUACUAUCGGC